AUGAUACAAGUUUGUACAUUUGUUAUUGAUAAUAUUAUAGAUGAUAGUAAUAGCAAAAUUUUGAAAGAUUUGAGUGAACUUUAUUAUUUGUGGAAUAAGAUGCAUAUGAUUAGUAGGAGUGCAUCAUUUAAUGAAUCAUUAUUAAAUGAAUUUGAACAAAUAAUCUAUAGAUGGUCAACUCAAUUUGUAAAAAUUUUAGGAAGAUAUUCUCCAACAAAUUUAAAUCUUCCUAAGCUUCAUUCCUGGAAAUACCACAUCAUUGAUUCCACAAGAUCAUUUGGAUCCAUAAAUGGAUUUACAACAGAUACUUUUGAAACACUUCAUAAGUUUUAUGUAAAUGAGCCUUAUAAAUUGUCAAAUAAAAAAAAUACUUUGCAAAUGUUGACUAUG